CUCCUCACCAUUUCCCAAACCCUACCCAUACCCCCGCCGCCGCCGCCGCCAUGCCGCCCAAGCUCGACCCGUCGCAGGUGGUGGAGGUCUUCGUCCGGGUGACGGGCGGCGAGGUCGGCGCGGCGUCGUCCCUGGCGCCCAAGAUCGGCCCGCUCGGUCUCUCCCCGAAGAAGAUCGGCGAGGACAUUGCCAAGGAGACGGCCAAGGACUGGAAGGGCCUGCGCGUCACCGUCAAGCUCACUGUCCAGAACCGCCAGGCCAAGGUCUCCGUCGUCCCCUCCGCCGCCGCGCUCGUCAUCAAGGCGCUCAAGGAGCCCGAGAGGGACAGGAAGAAGGUCAAGAACAUCAAGCACAGCGGCAACAUCGGCCUCGACGACGUCGUCGAGAUCGCCAGGACCAUGAGGAACAGGUCCAUGGCCAAGGAGUUGGCCGGCACCGUCAAGGAGAUCCUCGGCACCUGCGUCAGCGUCGGGUGCACCGUCGACGGCAAGGACCCCAAGGACCUGCAGCAGGAGAUUGAUGACGGCGAGGUCGAGAUCCCGUCCGCUUGAAGACUAGACAUCGAAGGGGACUUCCAUUGGUGCUGCUGAAGUGUUGUUGUUCUGCAUGCUGUCGAUGUACCUUUUUCAAGCAACGCGAGCCAUCUAUUUCUUUUGUCUAGCUAUGUUAGUGAUAUCUUGUGAGAGACCUCAAUGUUACCACCGUAUCUUUGUCUUUGUUGGAUGGAGAGAUUUAAGCACCUUACCACACCUUUGUUCUUUGUUGGAUGGAGAGUUUUAAGCA